AUGUUGGGCGGUGACGCAUUAGCCGCGCUCAGUUCCUUCAAUGCCGUCAUGAAAGCAGAUGGGGCCAGAGGGGUGCUUUCUUUUUUUGGCUGGCAGUGCUGGGCGCCUGCGUCGGCAACACUGACGACGUUGACGACGACCACGAGAAACGGGGAGAAUCCGGAUGUGAAGGCCAAGAAUGGCAGCUUUGAAGGGGUCAAGGAAGAGUUUGGAUCUUUGCGAUUCCAGAUCAGCAGUUUUAUUCUGCUGCUUCUCACUUUUCGCGUGCUGGGCGCCUGCGUCGGCAACACUGACGACGUUGACGACGACCACGAGAAACGGGGAGGGAGUUAUAAUUCGAGUCCCAAGUUUGCCAACACUAUUCCUGGGAGACAAUUGGGUGCUAUUCAGCCAAUCAGAAGCGUUGAAGAAAUAGUCGCAUUGCUGGGACCUCCACCGUAUUCUUACGUGUUCAGAGAAGAGUUAACACCAGUGGUGUGCACUCCUUGCACUCAUAACUUGUAUCAACCUCUGUGUGGAUCCGACGGAAGAACUUAUCCGAAUUGGAUGUGUCUGCGAAAUCAGGCUUGCAAACAACGCAAAAACAUCCAAGUCAUCAACCCAGGACCUUGUGGAGUCGGCUUCCUCAAAGGACCAUACAAGCAGACAGCCAACUUCUUUACUGGGGUGCAAUCUCAGUCGCCGGAAUGCCUGGACUGCAAUGCGAUGGUGGGAAAACCCGUGUGUGGCUCGGAUGGUCGAACCUACUCAAAUGAGAAGUGCCUCAAAUCGGCUGCCUGCCAAAAUGAGCUCAAGAAUGUAAGAACUGUGGCUGCGGGUCCCUGCAAGUUCACCUUCACGGCAGUCCCAUCGACCAAACCUACUCGAACCAACUUUACAUCCACGUCUAUUACUAUAGAGUGCCCAGCGAUUUGCUCGGACGAAAAAAAAUUCGUCUGCGCUUCUGACGGCAUCACGUAUCCGAACGAUUGUCUGAUGCGAAUGGAAGCCUGUCUCUUUAAAAAGGCACUUCAAAAGUCAUUCGACGGCAAGUGUUCCGAAGAGGAAGACGACGUCGACAGUGACGACAACGACGAGGACGAAGACAACGAGGAUAACGACAACGACGUAGAGGAAAGAACCGAGUCUGAAUCUCAAAAACAACCCGAGUCUACGACCGCUCAAGCAGUAACUACGACAAGUUCGCCGGAGACAGAAACGGGUCAAUUGCCCACGGCUCCGGAUGGAACGAAACUCCAGAAGCGACAGCAACGCGAGCAACGUCGUCAACAACAGCAAAAAACAAUGACCAGUGGAAACAAGGGCAACAAGAAUAGAAACAGGAACGUCACCAAGCAGAACAACGCAAACAAGAAAAAGCGACGCAGUCAUCGUUCCUCUGAUGGCGGGGUGUGCCCUGUGUGCACGCGCGACCUUGACUGGGUCUGCGGGGUCGACGGCUAUACAUAUGUGAACCCGUGUUCCCUCCGACACGAAUCCUGCAUUCGACGCAAAGCCAACUUCAUCAAGAGACCUGGCAGAUGCUGAUGAAGAACAACUGCAGCGGAGAGUCCACGCAUUUUUUCGGACCUGUUACAUGAUGAUGCUGUUUUUUUGAGGAUUCGCGUGGGAUUCAGGUACAGUAAAUACUGUGCGUAUAGGUGGAUUCUCUCAGCAACUAUAAAUACCAUG